GGAAUUUCUCCACUUGGACGACGGAAGCAAUAACUAAACCUAAAACCAAAAUGCAGGAGUAGUAGUUGGUUAAGUUAUUUUACUACUUUAUAGUUAAUACUUUAGUUAGGAAAGAAGAUGAUGGCAAAGUUUGCAGCAAAAGUGGUCAGCAGCAAGAUGAGUACAAGUUGCUUGGUGGUAGCAUUAUUGAGAAGAAGUGCAGUAGUAGGAUUACUUGGUUAUUCAGGAGGAGUUUAAUUAAUUUGGCUGAACAAAACUGAACGACGAUGGAACAAAUCGCAAAUAGUAGUGACUAAGACUCGCAAUUGGCAAGUCAUUCAUUUGCUCCUUCUAUCUUCACAUCGCAUCAUCAUCCGUCAGUGAGUGAGAGGAUUGCAAAUCGUUCUCAUCAAAAGGACACAAAAAAUUAAAACUCAUUUAAGCAGCAAACAUGCUUUUUAGGAGAUUGAAGUUUUGUGAAAAUAAGACACUUUGAUUGAACUACUUUGAAGAUUCUAAAAUACGCAUUAUUUAUCCUACGUACAGGCCACUUGAAUGUGCAUUUUUAUAUUUGCAAGGGCUAUGUAUUAAACACUUUGGUCUAGUCCAUUUUAAUGUCAAUCAUCAAACCAACUCGGAGGAUGCAAUUUACUGCAAAGCCUGUGACUUAGAAAUUGAAGUCUCUGCAAACUGUGUCUAAUUGUCGCAAGUGGUGCAUAGUUUCAUGGUGAAGAUCAAUUAUUACAUUAGUUGAAAGUAUCAAUCGAGUGAGUUCAAACGAAACCAAAAUUAAACCAAACCUAACAAAUAAGUCAACUUGUGUUACAAUAAAAGUAUUGCGGACGUGCGAGACUGGAGCUGGACGAGUCGUCUCAAUUUUCUCAAACCAAAGAACCUCUCUUCUGGUGAUAUUCCACAUCAGUACACUUUUGUGUUGUGACAAUAUUUGAGCAUUUGACAAUAUUUCAGUGACGUGGUGACGUAUUGCUCUUCUAGUCUUAAAAUAUUCCUGAUGCAUGAUAACCUUUCAAGUUAGUCAAUAAUAAGAGUGCCAGUAAAUAGACGUGGUGGGCGACCUUCAUUACUAGGCGUUGGAAACAAACUAAAAUUGGUUUCGGAACACUGGCUGGAUGGAAGAUUCGACUUUGUCAUAUCAACCUUGCAUUAGGGGUUGAUGAUGAUGAUUUCAGAGCGUGGUGUGUUUUGUAUGUGAUUCUGUUCAUGUUCACGUGCUAUAAAUGAUUGACGAAGAAUGAAGUAACGAAUCAUCGCCGAUUUGGAAAAUCUGAAAAUAACUUUUGAUCAUCACUAUAAGCUUGAGUGAACUUGUCAAAGGAAACUAUUUUGUCUCCACCACCAUCGUCGCCACCACCGCACCGCCUUCAACUCCAUUGACCACCAUAUGGCAAAGUUUCUUUAUUGAUGACGUAGUGUCUUUCACGACCGGAAUGCACCCAAACCCACUCAAAUACCGCAUCACACCAACUACUUGCUGCUGGUAUUCCUAACACGACAGAAAAUUGGCCGAGGAAAUUGUGAUAACAGAUUGUACUCGCUCUCGCAGCAGUUGAUGGGUGUCGCUCCUAAUUUGACGUUGCCUAUUCCUAUAUUGGAGAUAUAUACACAGACUCCCUCGUCAGUGCAGUUUUGCGACACCUGUUAAGCCCAAGAUUUCAAUUUCGUGUCCAGUCCAACUCAUUUCCUCUUGGGUGUGACGGCAGUAAGCGCAAAAAGUGAUUGUUUUUGAAGCAACAUAUCCUGCUGCUACAAACAAUUGCAGGAUUUAUAAUUUAUAAUGGGUGGGAUCGAAUUGCCAUCAUGUCUCAUUCUGACCUCAAUUGAUGAAACAACAAGAUUAGGAUUUUGAAGACAUUGAAUCAUACGUAUCGCCGGACACUUAUAAUCUGACAAACAGCGGUAGAGUUUUUUACUCUAUCUGGUCAAAUAAAUAUGAAGCAUAAUUUCAGAACUUUACUCAGCAACCGUCAAAGUCGUCAACUUUUCUCAGUUUCUAGUUUGGUGAAUGUGAUACUUAUUAUAAUUUUUUGUUGGAUAUCGGAUACAAAUUCGCUGUAUUCUAAUCAUUUCGCCGUCCAUGUUCCCAGUGGAGCUGCCAGAGCUGCAGACAUUGCUCAGGAGUAUGGAUUUAUCAAUAUGGGACAGAUUGGCAGCCUUGCAAACUAUUAUUUGUUUGAGCACCCAAAAGUAAGAAAAAGAUCAAUCUCAUCGAGCGAUGAGCAUCACACAUUGCUGCAAGAUGAACCGGAUGUUCACUGGUUCGAACAGCAAGUGGAGAGAAAGAGGACGAAACGUGAUUUCCAUUAUUAUGAAGGAAAUUCUCAAGCAAGUGGCCAAAAUCCUUAUUUUGCAACCUCUGCUUUUGGCCCACCAUAUUCCACCAGUGGCUUUGUAGAUCCUUUGUUUAAAGAACAAUGGUAUUUGACUGGGGGCUCAAAAGACGGUUUCGACAUGAAUGUGCUGAGUGCUUGGAAGAGAGGCUUCACAGGAAAGGGUGUGGUUGUAUCUAUCCUUGAUGAUGGAAUUCAAACUAACCAUCCUGACUUGAUUCUCAACUAUGAUCCGCGAGCCUCAACUGACAUUAAUGACAAUGAUAGCGAUCCAACGCCACAGGACAAUGGAGAUAAUAAACAUGGGACUCGAUGUGCUGGUGAAGUAGCAGCUACCGCUGGAAAUAACAUUUGUGGAGUGGGUGUCGCAUAUAAUGCCUCGAUUGGUGGGGUUCGGAUGUUGGAUGGAACCGUUAAUGACGCUGUGGAGGCGAAAGCCCUGGGUCUGAAUCCCGACCAUGUGGACAUUUACUCGGCGUCGUGGGGUCCGGAGGACGAUGGCAAAACAGUGGACGGUCCAGGGCCUCUGGCACGUAGAGCAUUCAUUUACGGAGUCACAAACGGACGUAGAGGUUUGGGUUCCAUCUUUAUUUGGGCGUCUGGCAAUGGAGGACGACACGUGGAUUCUUGUAAUUGUGAUGGAUAUACAAAUUCAAUUUUCACCUUAUCCAUUUCAUCGGCGACGCAAGGAGGGUAUAAACCAUGGUAUCUUGAGGAGUGUGCUUCCACCUUAGCCACAACCUACUCAAGUGGGACGCCUACGCUGGAUAAAAGCGUGGCCACCGUUGACAUGGAUGGACGUCUUAGACCUGACCACAUUUGUACAGUUGAGCACACAGGAACGAGUGCUAGUGCUCCUCUCGCGGCUGGAAUUGCUGCUUUAGCUCUUGAGGCAAACCCCAACUUGACUUGGAGGGAUUUGCAACAUUUGGUAGUAAUGACUAGCAGACCUGAUCCGUUGGUAAAAGAAGAAGGAUGGUAUGUCAAUGGCGUUCAACGAAAAUUCAGUCACAAAUUCGGAUAUGGACUAAUGGAUGCUGGCAAAAUGGUGGACUUGGCCGUGGACUGGGGUGGAGUUCCACCUCAACAUAUUUGCAAGUCUCGAGAAAUCAGAGAAGACAGGGAAAUUCCGGGUGCCCAUCUAGGAAAAGUGAAAGUUUUCAUGGACGUUGACGGAUGUGCAGGAACAAACUCGGAAAUUAGAUACCUUGAACAUGUCCAGUGCAAAAUUUCUCUAAGAUUCUUUCCGCGUGGAAACCUCCGAAUUCUGUUGACCUCUCCAAUGGGCACAACUUCCGUUUUGCUAUUUGAGAGACCCAGAGAUGUCUCGAGCUCAAAUUUCGAUGACUGGCCAUUUUUAUCCGUUCAUUUUUGGGGGGAACAAGCUCACGGUCGGUGGACCUUGGAAAUAAUUAAUUCUGGAAGUCGACGAAUUAAUCAACCUGGUAUUCUUAAAAAAUGGCAACUUAUCCUGUACGGCACCGACUUAAACCCACAACGCCUUAGAUCGCGAUCUUUGAGUAAUCCUACAUUUCAACCGUCAUCAAGUCAAUUUAGAGAAGCACAGAGUCAAGGAUCCCCACGAUUUGUUCCACAAGACUAUUUGUACCCUGGUGCUUCUGAAUCGCUGUCUCAAGUACAAAAACCACAGAUGGUUCGGUCACAGUGUCAAAUUGAAUAUUGGAUAUCGGAUUUGGCAAUCUGCGUUAAUGACUGUCCAGACGGCUACUUUGCUGAUGUAGACAAGAAGGAGUGUUUUUCAUGUCCUCAACGUUGCAAAUCCUGCUACAACAGUACAUCAUGUACAGCUUGUGACCACAAUUUGGUGUUGUUCGGAACAAAAUGUCUAGCAUCCUGCCCAGCCGGGCAUUAUGAAGCAGAUUCCUCAUGCGAAAAGUGUCCAGUCAAGUCAUGUGCAGCCUGUGCUGGACCAAUGGGAAAUGAAUGUGUGCAAUGCCUCAAAGGUACAUACCUGGAAAACGGAAAAUGUUCGCCCAAGUGUGGAACUGGACGGCGUCAAUCUAGUUCAGGGAGCUGUAUUGCUUGUCCUGUAGGAUGCAAGUCUUGUGAUGAAAAUGUAUGCACGUCAUGCAUUGAAAACUUUACACCUUCUUCAGAUUCUUCAUCAUGUGAACAAUCUAAUACUGUUUGUCCGCUGGGCCUUUUCCUCGACAUUGAGACAGGACAAUGCCAAGCUUGUCAAGCUGAAAAUUGUCAACGAUGUGAAGGUGCUGGUCAAUGUCUUCAGUGUGCCCAUGGAUUUUACGUAUAUUUAGGAACCUGUUUAGACCAAUGCUCUGGUGGUUCUUAUCUAACUUCAAAUCGAAAAGAAUGUUUAGAUUGUCCCAAGUUAUGCACCAAAUGCAAAUCCGCCGAGAUUUGUGAAGAAUGUCGGACUGAUGGAAUGUUGCAAGAAGGGAAAUGCCUCCCGCAUUGUUCGGAAGGGUACUACAAUGACGUCGGAACCUGUUCUCGAUGUUCACAAAGUUGUAAGACAUGUAUUGGUCCCGGAGAGAGUGAAUGUGUGACAUGCGUUAGUGGGCGCAAACUUAGCCGUAGUGGACGAUGCGUAAAUUUGAAUUCAACUACAACAAAAUCAGGACCAACCAUGAAAUCUGAAAAACAAUGUGCUGACGGGUAUUGGUACAGUCGUACGGAAACAAAAUGUCAAUCAUGUCAUCCAUCCUGUUCUAAAUGCAAUGGACCCAUGCCAUAUAACUGUCGCAAUUGUGUGACCCCACUAAGGCUUGACCGAGGAAGUAGUCGCUGCAUUAGCUGUUGCAAAACUUCUGAAGAUUUGGACUGUUGUCAUUGUGAUACUAAACGGCACACUGGUACUCCGUUAACGGCUGACGUGGAUGGUGAAUGCCAUUUUGUUUCAAGGAGAGUCUCAGAGUCAGAAGAACGGGAAAUUAGUUCAGGAAAGUGGAGUGACUCUACCGUACUCAGUGUUUUUUGGUUUUCUGUGUUUACUGUGGUUGUGGUUUCUGUACUUGUGAUAUUCCGAAGACGAAGGAAAAGUGCUGACAAUUCCUACAAUUCUGGACCUCGUUACUCUUCACAAAAAAACUUAUUCGACCACAACCAUACGAGGUCCUCCGCCAAAUAUUCCCCAGUAAAUGUUGAAACAGACAGUUAUGAAACAAAUCAUAAUGAUGGUGUGGACAGUGAGGAUGAAGUUGACUUAACAUACGCGGAUACAAGACACGGAUCAGAAGGCAUCCCUCUGGUACUAAAGACUUAGUGGUUGCAAAUUAAUUUUUUAAUUAUAAUAAACAUACCUAUCUAAGAAUGGUUGUUCCAACCAACUCAACAAUUAUCAAAGUCCUGUGAUGAUAUAUUAUGAAAUUUGUAUAUAGGUUAGGUUCAUGCAUAUGUCAAAUUAUACCGAAACAUAAUUUGAUAUGUAAGGAACUGAAAUUUAUCGCUUAAGACAAUUGAAUAUGUAUUCAACGGUUGUUUACAAAAUCGAGAUUUUAUUACGAUGUUGCGCAUGCGAGAAGAAGUCGCCUGUAAUUAAUGCCUUAAACUAUGGUCGCGAGUGCGCACACGACAUUAUCGUAUAACUAACGGACCGUAUUCAAAGUUGCGUAUGAACAUAAUAAUCGCAUAAUAAUCAACCUUCCAACGUUUAAGAAGACAAAGGCGCAUACUUACCUAAAUAGCAGAGUGCAGACAGUCAUAAAUACACCACGUAGAAAGUGAAACAUUACAUUACUUAUAUUAUCCUAUGUAUAUAUAUGAAUAGUAAUAUUUACUGGGUUAAAAAAAGUUGACUAUGAGUUAAAUCUGUUUGAAUGUAGAGUCAAGCCAAUUGAUAAUCAUACUUUUUGAUUGUGAUUAAAAAUAAAUUUGUUUUUAUGAAAAUGCAAGACUUGAAGAACUUUAAUCGUUAGAUUUUCCAUAUUAUCCUAUUUUACAUUUAUUAUUAGGUAAAUGUAGAAACAAUUUUAUAACGAAAUAAACGUUUUAAAAACA